AUGUCGUGGCAAGCAUAUGUUGAUACCAGUUUGGUGGGAACUGGGAAUCUCGACAGGGCUGCCAUUUUCAACACACAAGGGACUAGCGUCUGGGCCUCGUCCCACGGCUUUACAGUUUCGCCGGCGGAAAUAAAAGAGGUCAUUGCUUCGUACUCGGACACAUCAGACGUCAAGAAGAUCCAAAGUGGUGGCUUUCGCAUCGCAGGUGAGAAAUACAUGACGAUAAAGGCGGAUGAAAAGAGUGUGUAUGGCAAGAAGGGAAAGGAGGGGAUAGUGAUUGUUAAGACGCAUCAAGCGAUCCUUGUCACCCAUUACCCAGAGACAGUACAACCAGGACAAGCAACGAACACAGUGGAGCAGCUUGGCGAUUAUCUCAUGGGGGUCGGCUACUAA